CGUGUUUGACGUGUUCACGUCAACUAGUUCAGGAAGUUAUCUGUGUAGCUGUAAUUCUGGAGGUGAUCCGCUCGUUCUCUUCACGAACUCAAGCCCGGAGAUGGCGUGCACGCUGGAGAAGGUGCUCGGCGACGCGCGGACGCUGCUGGAGCGGCUGAAGGAGCACGACACGGCGGCAGAGACUCUCAUCGAGCAGUCGAGCUCUCUCAGCAACAAGAUCCACAGCAUGAAGGAGGUCGCCAACACUCUCCCCGACAAGUAUAUGAAUGAAAACACAGAGUAUCAGGAGCUGUCCAGAUACAAACCUCACGUCCUACUGAGCCAAGAGAACACCCAAAUCAAAGAACUCAAGCAAGAGAACAGAGAACUUUGGCUCUCUCUAGAGGAGCAUCAGUAUGCUUUAGAGUUGAUCAUGGGCAGAUACCGGAAGCAGAUGCUUCAGCUGAUGAUGGAAAAGAAGGAGCUGGAUACUAAACCUGUGUUCAGCCUUCACCAGGAUCAUGCUAAGGAGGUUCAAAGCCAGUUGGAACGGAUCUGUGAAAUGGGUCAAGUUAUGCGUCGAGCUGUACAGAUGGAUGACCAACAUUACUGCUGUGUCAAAGAGAGACUGGCACAGCUAGAGAUUGAAAACAAGGAGCUCAGGGAUCUUUUGUCCAUCAGUAGUGGCUUUGUGAGGCCUCAGAGAGACGAGACCCCCUUAGAGAUGUCCAAGACCCUGGACAAAUAGAGACCUGUGUAACUUCUGUUUUUUUUUUAGAAAGCUAAUGUUGAAUGCAUUUUGUAUAUUUGUAUAUCAGGUGUAAAUAUCUGUAUUUGGGUUCUGUAGUGUGUUUUAUUUUACUUGUCUUGACAGUUGGUUAUCUUCCUGCUGACCAACAAUGCACUUUGAAAUGUUUAUUAUUGAUUUUAAAAGUUUUUGUUCAGGAGAGACGUAUUACCUCCUCUUACAUUUUUUAAAAUAGACAUUCAAUGCAUUAUAAAUCAAUUCUGCCUCCAUUUAUAGUAACAUUUUAAUUUGUAGCCUUGCCUUGAGCAGGUUUGUAGUUCUUGUUAGGUAGUACAAUUAAAUUGCCAGCUGUCUAAUGUGUUUCAAGUACAUUCUGUACAUGUAAAUACAUAUUAUUAACAGAUCUAACUAACCUCAGAACAAGAUAGUACAGUAGUAUUGGUUUACCAGUAAUGCAGCUUUCAAAUAUUUGAUGUGAAAAUCUUGUACAUCGUGUAACAUGAAUGUAUGAUGAGAGUUCUCUUAAGAUUGCAUCUUAAUUUUUGCCAGUCUUUUUUUUAUGUAAAUUGUUGAAUUUGUAUCUCAGGAAAGCAAUCACAUGUACCACAGUUGUUAUUUUGUAUCAGAAAAUAUGUACUGUAAAAUAAAAUAGAAAUAUUCAAGUUCAAAGGUGGAGUUUAAUAAGUGGUUGACAUAUAGAAUAAUACAAAAUUAUAAUAAUUAGCAUAUCUUUCUUGGGAAAACUAAUUUAGAGAAUAAAUUAUGUAGUUCUUUUUGCACAUACACAAAGUAUAUUAUUAAAUGUGUGAUUCCAUUUUUUGUAACUAGAAACUGUUAUAUUGUGUUCGUAUAUAGAUUUGUUUUAAGUAUCAUACUAAUUUCAAAUCUUUA